UAUUUUAACGGUAAACAGCCUGAGGAAACUAUCUUCCCUUGUUAUUCCACCGGAAGAAUUUGAAUGUUGUACAACUUGGCAGCCCUGUCGAUGGAGGAGUACAAGUUGGGACAAUUUUAUAAUAAAUGUCGCGUUUAAAUAACAAUUGCACUUAAAUAAACUAUUCUUCACAUCGGCACAACACGAAAUCCAAUAUAUCAACUGCAACAGCGUAGAAGUUUGAGCCAUGACAGCGUUGUCGGAGGAGGUGCUGCUGGUGGUGAAGAGAGUCCGACAGAGGAAGCAAGACGGGACACUCUACCUGAUGGCAGAGAGGAUAGCCUGGGGACCAGAGGGAAAAGACCGCUUCACCGUCAGCCACCUGUAUGCUGACAUACGCUGUCAGAAGAUCAGCCCAGACGGCAAGGCCAAGAUUCAGCUGCAGUUGGUCCUCCACACGGGGGAGAGCACCAACUUCCACUUCUCCAACGAGAGCACUGCCCUGAAGGACCGCGAUGCAGCCAAGGAUCUCCUCCAGCAGCUGCUGCCCAAGUUCAAGAAGAGGGCCAACAGGGAACUGGAGGAGAAGAACAGAAUGUUACAGGAAGAGCCGGUUCUGUUCCAGCUUUACAAGGAUCUGGUGGUGAGUCAGGUGAUCAGCGCUGAGGAGUUCUGGGCCAAUCGGCUGAGCGUGAACAGCGUGGACCACUCCCUCUCCAACGACAAACAGGAAGUGGGCAUCUCUGCAGCCUUCCUGGCGGACAUACGGCCCCAGACCGACGGCUGUAACGGCCUGAGAUACAAUCUUACCUCUGACAUAAUCGAGUCCGUCUUCAGGACGUACCCUGCAGUGAAACAGAAGUAUGGCGAGAACGUUCCUCAAAACCUGACAGAGAAGGAGUUCUGGACGCGGUUCUUCCAGUCCCACUACUUCCACCGAGACCGCGUCAACACGGGCCUUCAGGACAUCUUCUCAGAGUGUGCCAAGCAGGACGAGAAGGGCUUGAAGUCCAUGGUAGUCCAAGGAGUGAAGAAUCCAAUGCUGGACCUGCUGUCACUGGAGGACAAGCCGUCAGAGGAGGGUUAUGGGACCAACUCCACAGCACCUUCUACGUCCAACACUAACAAGACCGUGAAGGAGAGCAGUAACUCCACCAUCAUCAAGAGGUUCAACCACCACAGUACGAUGGUGCUGGCCGCAGGCUCCGGAAAGAAAGCGGACGUUCCUAACGAUCAGGUCAGUGAGACUAGCAGUACUGAUGGAAACUCAAGGGACUCGGACUUCUUCCAACCUCCAAUUAAGAAGGUGAGAAUCCAAGAGACCACAGAGUAUGAGGACCUUCACAGGGAAAACAGGAAGAAGACAGUCACUCUGAACCUCAAGAAGUCUGACAGGUACUCUCAUGGUCCUGUGCCUCUCCUGCCCCAACAGUACACCACCAGUCAAGACAUCAUCAACUCUGUCAACUGUAUACAGCAUGAAAUAGCCAGCUACAAGCCCUGCCUUACUCAGGUGAUGUCCAGCAGUACAGCCAGUUCUGCCAUCGCUGCCCUCUCCCCAGGGGGUAUUCUCAUGCAGGCAGGAGCACAGCAAGCCAUUAACCAGAUGGUGCCCAACGACGUCCAGGGGGAGCUGAAGCAUCUGUACACGGCUGCUGGGGAGCUGCUGAGACACUUCUGGUCCUGUUUUCCUGUCAACACACCCUUCCUGGAAGAGAAGGUGGUGAAGAUGAGGGCCAACCUGGAGAGAUUCCAGAUGACCAAGCUCCGCCCCUUCAAGGAGAAGAUCCAGCGCCAGUAUUUGAGUCCUAACCUUACGGGACACCUGGAGGACAUGUUUCAGAUGGCCUACAAUAAAUUCCACGCCUGGCAAACACGUCGGAUGAUGAGGAAAACCUGAGAGGAGAGAAACGAAAACAAAUGGAUGAUCUGAGAGGGAGGAAGGAAGGAAGGAAGAGGGGAAUGAAAGAGAGCAAGAUGGAUGUACAGACCUUGGCCUAAUAACCAGGCUGCUGUGACAGAGGACAUAGUCCCAGGGUUGAUCCAGACGGGUGCUGCUGCUAGUCAUCUAUAUCCAGCAGACAGACAGACUAAUUCACUCACUGGAUCUUGAUCGCAAAUGACUGUAAAUUAGUUUUUCUAGUUUUUUUUGUUUUGUUAUUUUCCUCAAUGGAUGGGAUGUCGUUGGCAUGACCCUAAUAAGGGUUGAACGAACAUAGACAAACUUAAAACGGUAUCAAAUGGCAAAAAGGUUCAGAGAAGUCAAAAGGAACUUCGGGAACUGAACAGACCGUGUUUAAUAAGCAAGAGGACUGUGUGGAUGUGAAUCUAAAGACUUAUACUCAUAGUACACCUCGCAGGCCUUUUCAGGGAGCGGAGGACGAGGUCCAGGAAACCUGCCCUGUCAGGACAGGCGAGGGAGUAGCAAUACUGUAAAGACACAUUCUCCACUGUAGUGCAUUAGUAUGGCUACUUCCCAAAGGGCACCAUAUUCCCAAUAUCAGGGGUGUCAAACUCAUUCCAUGGAGGGCCUAGUGCAGCGUUUCCCCAAACUCUGUCCUCGGGACCCCAAGGGGUGCGCAUUUUGGUUUUUGCCCCUAGCACCACAGAGCCGAUUUUCAAUUGAUCAAAACUUGAUGAUUAGUUGAUUAUUUGAAUCGGCUGUGUAGCGCUAGAACCAAAACGUGCACCACUUGGGGUCCCGAG